CUGUGGCGUUGGACGAAGCGCCGGCCGGACGGCGCGGAGUGGUCUCGCACCUGAAACAUGGCUACAGAUUGGCUGGGCAGUAUUGUGUCCAUCAACUGUGGAGAGAGCUUGGGUGUGUAUCAGGGCAGAGUGUCGGCAGUGGAUCAGGUCAGCCAGACCAUUUCUCUGACCCGGCCGUUCCACAAUGGAGUGAAGUGCCUUGUGCCAGAAGUCACCUUCAGGGCAGGUGACAUUACGGAAUUAAAAAUUCUGGAGAUACCUGGGGACAACCAGCAUCUUGGGGAUCUUCAUCAGGUGGAAUUAGGCCCCUCUGGCGUGGGCUACCAAGUAGGGAUCAAUCAGAAUGGCAUGGGCAAAUUGAUCAAGAAGCCGUCCUCCUCCAGCAGUGCCCCGCAGAACAUCCCUAAGAGGACAGACGUGAGGAGCCAAGAGGCUGCCAUUUCCCCUCAGCAGCAGCCGUGCUCAAAAAGCUAUGUGGACAGGCACGUGGAGUCCUUGAGUCAGUCCAAAAGUUUCCGCCGACGGCACAACUCUUCCGACACUGACUUUGACUUUGAAGGGAACCUGGCCCUGUUUGACAAAGCAGCUGUGUUUGAGGAGAUUGACACCUAUGAGAGGAGGGGGGGGGCCCGUUCCCGGGGCACCCCGAACGAAAGGCCUGCUCGGUACCGCCACGAUGAGAAUGUCCUGGAGUCGGAGCCCAUCGUCUAUCGAAGGAUCAUGGUGCCCCACAGCGGGAGCAAGGAGUUCUGCACUGACUCCGGCUUGGUGGUCCCCAGUGUCUCCUACGAGCUGCAUAAGAAGCUGCUGGCUGUGGCUGAGAAGCAUGGGCUGACCCUGGAGCGGAGACUGGAGAUGACGGGCGUCUGUGCCAGUCAGAUGGCGCUGACCCUGCUCGGAGGACCCAACAGGCUGAAUCCCAAAAAUGUUCACCAGAGACCAACAGUGGCCCUGCUGUGUGGGCCCCACGUGAAGGGGGCUCAGGGCAUCAGCUGUGGACGACACCUAGCCAACCACGACGUCCAGGUCAUCCUCUUCCUGCCCAACUUUGUGAAGAUGCUGGAGUCCAUCACCAACGAGCUCUCGCUCUUCAGCAAGACCCAAGGCCAGCAAGUCUCUAGCCUCAAAGAUCUGCCCACCAGCCCUGUGGACCUGGUGAUCAAUUGCCUGGAUUGCCCCGAAAACGCCUUCCUGCGAGACCAGCCCUGGUACAAGGCCGCCGUGGCCUGGGCCAACCAGAACAGGGCGCCGGUACUCAGCAUAGACCCUUCUGUGCAUGAAGUUGAGCAGGGUAUCGAUGCCAAAUGGUCGCUAGCGCUAGGCCUGCCCCUGCCGCUGGGGGACCAGGCCGGCAGAGUCUACCUGUGUGACAUCGGCAUCCCCCAGCAGGUGUUCCAGGAAGUGGGCAUCAACUACCACUCGCCCUUUGGCUGCAAGUUCGUCGUCCCCCUGCACUCAGCGUAGAGGCGGGGCAGAGCGCCGGGCCCAGCACUCCCUCCCCUGCCUUGACAGGGGGCUCGACAACAAAGGCCUUAAGGGUGUGAAGCAUCAUGGGCCUUGUCAGUUCCCCUGCCCCCUCGGGUAUGUUUCUUCUGUGAGAACAGGUAUCUUUAAACUGACCUGUCCCCUGCCCGGAGCCUGGGAAGGCGCUCCUCCCUCUGCGUGCACGGGGCCAGGCGGGGCUUUGUUUACAGACAUAGGCAGCUCUCCGACUGUGUUUCAGGUUUACAGCCACCAGCCACGGGGCCUGGGGGAGCGCCUGGCGUAGGGUCGUCCCAGUGGAGGGCCUACACCUGCCUGCCCUUCCUGCUUUGUGGCUCCUCCCCUGCUUCCCCCGCCUGGGCAGCCCUUUCUCAUCUUUGAGCCAGCCAUGCUGCAGCUGUCCACUAGAGGGCAAGCUCCCCAUCUUUCCUUGCCAGGGUGACUAGGCUUUCUCCAGGCACCCAGCCUCCUGCGUUUUUUAGGGAUCUUUUGUGACCCUGUCUCUAGUUUAUGCUAGAUUUUCCCCAUUGCAUCCCUCUGAAAGGUAGGGGUGGCACCUGUCUGUUGUGGGGAGCACCAGGCUGUGCUGUCGACCCACCAUGCCAUCUUGUCACCAGGGCCCCCACCCACCCUCCCACUUUUGCUGUUGGCCGAACCUUUGCCUUUGCCUUGUCUGGGGCCAGGCCCCUCGGGUGCAGCUUUCAUGUUCAGUAUUGGAGGCUCUGGGGAAGCCUGGUGCUGAGCCACUGAGAGGCUCCCUGGUGGUUCUGCCCUGCCCACCCUUUCCCCAAACUGGGGCCUUGCCCGCUCACUCGCCUGCCUCCCUCCACUACCCUUCCCGGAUGUGGUCCUCAGCAGCCAUCAUCCCAGAGUGGGGCUUGCCCGCCUCCCCCACCAGCAUGGGCCCCCCAUCACUGAGCUUCACACCCUGGAAGCCAGUGCCCUCUCUCAGAUGCCAAAACGAGGCUACGUCUGGAUGAGCUGUCUGACCGCCCGGUCCCAGGCGCACACAUCGCUGCUCGCCUCUGGUUGAGCAGGGCGGACUAACCACGGGCUGUGGGCACAGACAGGCAGGCACUUUUCUCCCUCACCUCAUAGGAGCAGAGGACUGGGAGAGGGAGCCUGGUGCUGGGUGCCCUCCCUCCCUAAGCCUCCACUCCCCAAAUAGGGCUCUCUGUAUCAGGGGGCAGCCCAAGCAAGUGUGAGGUGGGGGCUCGACAGUCAGGCCCCUGCAGGGUGGGGCCAGAGCUCACUCAGCUCAGAAGACCCUGCUUGCUCCAGGCAGCCUGACCCUGAGGUGACAACCAUGUUGAGGGCCCCUGGGAGCUUGUGCGGAGCCUCCACUUCAUCUCUUCCCCGGUGGCCCUGGGCCUGCCUUCUCCAGUGGCAUUCGAGCUAGCAUGCUCCUGGACCCUCCACUCUUCUCCAAGGCCUCCUGCCUGCAGUGCCCAGUCUGCCAGGUGGCCAAGACACUCAGUGACUCGAGGAACCCAAACCAGCACUGAAAUAAAGCUGAAUGCCCGAG